AUUUCAAAAAUGACAAUGUCAGACUAUAGAAACUUAAAGAAAGGAGAAUCACAGGUGGUUGAUAUGAAAAUGUUGAGCAAGUUUGAGCAAGAUUUAGCAAGAUUCAUCUGGCGAGUGGAAGUUGUUGGCAAACGUGGGAGGUCAGUGCCUGUACUGAUCACCGAGAGUGUGAAAUCAGCUGUCGAUGAGCUUGUAAAGCAAAGAGAUACAGUGGAAAUAGCUAAAGAUAACCUCUAUGUAUUUGCUAUUCCAGAAGGGUCAACUAAUUGCAUUCGUGCAUGCGACACAUUGCGUAAAUUUUCAAAUGCGUGUGGGGCAAAACAGCCAAACUUACUAAGAUCUACACAACUUCGAAAGCAUAUAGCAACUAUGUCCCAGAUAAUGGCAUUACAGGAUAACGAAUUAGAUGUUCUAGCAAACUUCUUAGGGCACGAUGUUCGCAUUCACAGAGAAUACUAUCGCCUGCCCGAUGCAACAAUUCAAGUGGCGAAAGUUUCCAAACUGCUGAUUGCGCUCGAAGGUGAAGACCCAGGACAGGUUUUACAAGGAAAAAGUUUGGAUCAACUCAACCUGCAGGAAAAUGAAGAGGUUGCAGCAGAAAGUAACGAUGAAGAAGAAUCUGAUUUUGAUGAUGACUUUAUUGAUGAGCCAGUACAUAACCGUGAAAUAGAAAAAGAGAAUUAUCAACAAAAAGGAAAAAAACGCAGACAUGAUGAUCCCCAGGCCAAAAAAGCAUUGACCACCCACAACCAGAAAUUAAAAAAGACACCCUGGACGACCCAAGAAAAAGCGGCGGUUCAUCGGCACCUAGGCAAGUACAUUACAGUUUCAAAAUUGCCUGGGAAGUCUGAAAUAGAGAAGUGUAAGAGCUUAGAGCCUUGCCUACACAAAAGAAGGUGGUCCAAUAAAGAUUACAUUCGAAACAAGAUAACUGCUAAUGCCCGAAAGGGAGACGAACCGUGUUUUAAAAAAAGAAAGUAAUGAAAAUUACCAUUCUGCUACACUAUAGUUCAGUCAGUCUAUAGAUUAACACCAAAAAAUUGCAAUAGAUACAAAUUUACCAAUUAAUAUGCUAAAAGGACCUAAAAAAAUCUAAUAACAGGAAAGUCAUACAUUUAAAGAUACUUAAUUAACUUCUGAUGCUUUGUUGCAACGUAAAAUGCUUGUUGUUGCUAACGAAUUAUUAAAGAUAAAAUAGACAGCUACACAGAGCCAUUGGUAACAUACAAAUACCAACGCGAUGUUAAGCACACACUGCCAUAUGUUGAUAUGAUUUAUUCAAUAAUC